AUGUACCGUCAUAUUCUUAGCCUUGCCACCGCUGUGGCCAUUCUUGGCCAGGCUUCUGCGAGCUGCCAACUCUCAAACAGUCUCAAAUCAGCUGAGACAACGGCCGAGACACGAAAGCAGCUGUGUAUGCCCCAAGGAGAAGGCGUAUGGACAUUUGCACUGGACGUCAGUGAAGUAGCUGUCCCAACCUUUAACGGCGGCGCUCCGUGGGCUGGACUGGCUGGGUACACCGCCUACAUCAUCUACGACAACGAAUGCAUUCCACGGGGAGUGUAUGGGCCGUCAGGAAAUGACUGUGGCACACCUUAUGUUAUCGAAGACAACUUUCUUCCCUAUGUCCUAACCGUUAAAGCCAUUGACACCGACCUCGGUGGUCCCUACUUCAAGUUUGCCUACGCCAAUGGUUUAUAUUCAAUCGGAAACAAUGGAUGCACUUGUAGCGACCUAUCUAGUGGCCUUGAGGGAGAGCAAGGUUGCAAAUGCGCGUUCCCUCUUGAAGGGGAGUCAAGCUAG